AUUGAUAGCAUUGCACCCAAUUAUUUAUUAGCUCUAUUGCAUAAUCUGUGUAAAUUUUCUUUAUCUCUAAGUAUCAUUAAGAACAAUGGAGGAACACCACCCCUUACAUACAAGAAAUUUCUGGCUAUUAUACGUUCCUUGGGUCCCCCAGAGCAUCCUGUCCCAACGCUUGAUGUGCAGUUAUUAACAGGCUGCAGUAUGCCUGUCUCUGAAGACCAUGAGGAAAAGUUUGGGGUGCCAUCUUUGGAGGAAUUAGGCCUGGAUAUAAAGAAUAUUCCCGUAGAAGUCUGGCAUGGAGGAGAAAAGGAAGCUCUUGUGAGACUUGACAGACACUUGGAGAGAAAGGCUUGGAUAGCAAGUUUUGAAAAACCAAAAGUCACUCCAAACAGCUUGUUCCCUAGUCCAACAGGAGUAAGUCCUUACCUGAGAUUCGGAUGCCUGUCACCAAGGUUGUUCUACCACAGACUUACAGAACUUUACAGAAAGGUCAAACUUGGUGAACCUCCCAUCUCAUUGUAUGGCCAGCUUUUGUGGCGAGAAUUUUUUUUCACUGUGGCUGCCAACAAUCCACACUUUGACAGAAUGGCUACAAACCCUAUGUGUCUACAAAUACCAUGGAGAAAAAGCCCUGAGAGAUUACAGAAAUGGGAAGAGGGAAAGACAGGCUUUCCAUGGAUCGAUGCUAUAAUGGUACAGCUGCGGCAAGAGGGAUGGAUCCAUCACUUAGCACGACAUGCAGUUGGGUGCUUCCUUACAAGAGGAGACCUUUGGAUAAGCUGGGAAGAGGGCAUGAAGGUUUUUGAUCGGUGGCUUCUUGAUGCCGAGUGGAGUCUGAAUGCUGGUAAUUGGAUGUGGCUCUCGUACAGUGCCUUUUUUCAGCAGUUCUUUAACUGCCUAUGUCCAGUGGGGUUUGGAAGGAAACUGGAUCCAAAUGGCGAUUAUGUCAGAAAAUACUUGCCAGUCCUGAAAGGAUUUCCUGCAAAAUACAUCCAUGCUCCCUGGACGGCACCAGAGAGUGUACAGAAAGCAGCAAGAUGUAUCAUAGGACAAGAUUAUCCUGCACCUAUUGUCGAUCACAACAAAGUCAGUCGUGUUAAUCUGGAAAAGUUGAGAAACAUCUUUAAGGCACUCCUCUGUUACAAAGAUUCAUUUGCUGUAUCUUCUGAGAAACAAGAUGAUGUACCAGAUCGACAGGAAAAGUUGAAAGAGCAAAUGUUCCUCUUGGAAGACAAAGAAAAUGAAUGAUCUGUAAGAACUUUCGAUGGAGACACCAUACCAGCCUUUAUUUGUAUAAAUCUACAUUUGAAUACAGUUAUUAAUUAAUAUUUCACAUGAAUCUUGUGAAGAUCAAGUCCCAUUAUAUGUUAGUGACAGUAACGGUGUCCAACUAAUGGUCAGUUUUUUUUAAAAUAUUGCUCACUGCUUUAAAGGACAUGUCCAAAAGAUAGAUCAGUGCAUCUUGGAAAACUAAAUAAUUCUGUUCGUAGAGAAUCAUGCGGUCAAAUCACACAAUUUUUUUUUGUAAGAUUUCAACAGAGUUUUGUCAUUUGUAAUAUACAUAAUAUCUUGUAAUGCUUUGGAAUAAAUGUGUGAUCAUAGUGUG